AUGGCUCAGCAGAACUCUAACACGUUCCAUUUCUUUGGUUCGUCAGUCCCCACUGCUCCGUCCACCCAAGCCGGCGUGUUUCAGCAGCCGGCUCUUACCGCUUAUCAGCAGCAGCAGACUCAAACCGCUUAUCAGCAACAGUCGGCUCAAACCGCUUAUCAGCAUCAGCCCACUCAAACCGCUUAUCAGCAGCAGCCGGCCCAAACCGCUUAUCAGGUCUCGCCGUCUCUGAACGCGUAUCAAGUCCAGCAGCAGGCGAUUCUAAACGCCUGGUCCGCUGCUCACGCCGGAACCGCCGCAGCUCAAACGGUCGGCUCGCUACUACCUGUCACAGGAUCGGUACAGCCAGCAACCGGAUUUUACGGAAGUUCCCAGGCUGCGGACGGCGGCGGUGGACACGUGGCACAGAAUCAGACCCUGAAUCAAGCCGCCGCCACGUGGUACGAUUCGGCAGGGUUAAGCGGUGCUGCUACUGCUUCGACUGCAGCAGCUGUUACUGAUUACAACGCCCAGGGGGUGUUUGGUGGAAAUGAAUCCACACGCGCGGCUCAGUACCAGUCCAGGCAGGUGGAGCCUGUGCGACAGUCGCAAGCCGUGCGACAGCAGGCGACUACCGUGCGACAAACGACGGCUGGGCAACGGCAGCAGCGAGCACACGCGGAACGGCAGUUGCAGGUGGAAGGACGAGUGCUGCCUGUGCGACAAGUUCAGCAGCCUGAACGACAAACGCAAGCGGUGCGACAUGCGACACAGGCGGAGGAACAGUCGCAGAGGCAGGCCCUGCGACAGGGUCAGCGACAGGAGCAGCGGCAGGAGCAGCGGCAGGAACAGCCUGUGCGACAGACGCAGCGGGAGUGGUGGCUGGAUGCUCUAGAGGGGCAAGUUGCGAGUGCGAAUGUUGCCGGUGCGAAUGUUGCGAGUGCGAAUGUUGCGAGCCAGGAGCAAUCUCACGCCCAUGAGUGGAAUCGAACCAUUGCUGCUGUAGUCUCCGCUCACACUCACGUGGAGAGUUUCGACCAGGGGAGUUUGCUGCUGGUGGGUGGUAGUACUAACGCUGGUUACAACAAUGAUACUGUGCCUCUGGUGGGGGUGGGAGGGCAAGAGACGGUUGGGGGCGAAGUGGGGGGAGAUGGUGAUAUGUCUGCAAUCUACGCUGCUGGGUAUGCAGCAGGACUGGCAGCCGCCCGGGCUGCUGCUGCUAGAGCAGCAGGCGCUGCCGCUGCUGGUGCUGCUGCUGGUGUUGGUGCUGGUGCUGGUGCUGUGGAUGGGGUUGGAGCAGGGGGGGGAGUGGCGGUGGCGGAAGAAGCAGGGGUCAUGGAGGGGGGGCUCGGUGUAGGAGGGUUCGAUCUUGACGCAACAGGCUUUGCAGAUGGUGAGAUGGGGAUGGGUGGUGGAAUGGAGGGAGAGGAGAUUUACUCGACUCGGGUGGCGGAUAUUAUUCAGAAGCCGCAUAAGUGGGCGGGGAUGCUGGGCGGCGGGAAAGGGCACAACCGAAUCAACCAGCCGCCGGACCAGUCUGGUAUGGAGGGAGCUUUGGCGCGGUGGUUCGGGGAGGAGCAGCAGAGGGUCGGGGGGGUGCCGAGCGAGCAGGUGAUUGAGAAGGCGAAGGAGCUGGGGUAUUCGUUCGGGUUUCCCCCGACUUUUAAGUACACAAGGGCGUGGGUGUACCGUGUGUUGUCCCACUUGGGAUUCUCCCAGGAGGCUAUAGAUGCGGCGUGUGAGGACUACCCUAACGAGGAUGACUCUGCUGGUCCGUCUCUGAUAGAGCUAGCGGAUCAGAUGUUUGGGCAGGAGCUGUUUAAGUCCCGGGCGAACCAGAAGGGACGGAAGCCCAGAGACUGGUGGGCGGAGAAUCUGCUGGGGAGGAAGUCGGGGACUGGGACGGGGAGAGGGAGAGGGAGGGGGAGAGGGGCGGGGAGGGGCGAUGGGGGGGUUUUGGGUGAAGGGGCGGAGUGGGAGGAGCAGCAGCAGCAGCAGCAGCAGCAGCGGCAGCAGAGGGAUGUGUAUGGGCAGGGUGGGGGAGGGAUGCAUGUGCAGGAGGUGGGAGGAGGGGGAUUUGCGCAGCAAGGGGGGUAUGCUCAGGGAACUGGACAGGGGUACGGGCAGGAGAUAGGGCAAGGAUACGGGCAGAUGACAGGGCAGGCGAACGGGCAGGGCCAGGGGUACGGGCAGGGGACAGGUCAGGGGUAUGGGCAGGAGGGUGGGGUGGGGUAUGGGCAGGAAGGGGGGCAGGCGAGAGUGGAAGAUGGGGAUCAAGAUGAUGUUAUCCCAGGUGAUUUAUUUGGGGAGCUGGAGGGAGGAGAGAUGGUGGUGGUUCGGACAGCUGACGGUGUUGCUGGUGCUGAUGGUGCUGAUGGUGCUGGUGGUGCUGGUGGUGCCGGGGGUGCCGGGGGUGCUGGUCCUUCCUCCAACCAGCCUCUCGACUCAGCCGCUUUUGCAGCGAGCUCCUUGAACGAAUCAGCCCCAUUCACUGCUGCAAACAGCAUGAUCGGAGGAACCGCCAACACCGCCAACACUACAAACACUGCCAAUUCGCUAGACUAUGGGGAUGAUGGUGAAGACUCGGAGGGUUACCAGCCCGAUCCGAAGCUAGUAGAGCUCGCCAUGGCUGAAGCCAGAGCUGCCGCGGAGGCUCGGAGGGUGAUCACCGAGGCUGACCUCGCAAAGGCGGCGCAGAUCGAGGUUCUACCCCGGAAUCCGAUCACGGGCAGGGUGAUUAGCAAAGAGGAGCUGGAGACUAACCCAGUGUACGUCGAGUAUUACCGGCUACUGGAGGAACAGAAGGAGUUCAAAGAAAAGAACAAGAAAAUCACAACCUGUGUGCGAACCAUCAAGAUGCGAAAGGCAAUCUGUCUCCUCAAGGAAGCUCGGCCGUCGCUCACUAACCAAGAGAUCAUCCAUGUUAUACUGGAGUCCUGCGGGCCUGUGAUUGCAGCGAGUAUUUCCCCUGCAGCCCUCCGGUACACGCUCCGCAAGAGCUACCAGUACUUGAACGCCGACCUGAACAAGCCGAAAAAACCCGUCCCGAGGCGGGUUGAGUUCCCGGAAUUCGAAGAGGCACUCGCGGCGUGGGUGCGGGAGAUGAGGGCGAAAUACGGCAAGGAGAAUCUUCUGUAUGAAGAUAUACUGGUUUAUGCUCAGAAGCUGGCUCCUAGUUUCGGGAUUGCGGAAAAAAAUCCCAAGUUCAAGUUUCACAUGUCUUGGAUUUUGAAGUUUGCGGGGAGGCACGGGUUGAAGUGGCGGACGAAAGAGGAUCUGCGUGCGAACCGCGAAGGGGGUGAGAGGGGUGGGGAUGGUGCUGGUGGUGCUGAUGGUGGUGCUGGUGAUGGUGGUGGUGGUGGUGGUGGUGGUGGUGGUGGUGAUGGUGGUGGAAGGAGCAGUGGGAGAGGGAGAGGAGGGAAUACGUCUGGGGUAGGAGAGAGUGAUGGUACAGAGAGUGACAAUGGCGGGCGGGAGGGGUACGGUGAGGGCGGCGGGACAACGGACGGUGGAGAUGGGAUCACAACGGACGGCGGCGAGGGGAACACGACAGAUGGGGGAGGGGAAGGGACGGACGUGGAAGGGGAAGGGGAAGGGGUGGGGGAAGGAGGAGGGUUUCUAGGCAUGGAUGUGAAUAUGCAUAUGGGGAAUAUAGUGGAAGGGCUUGUGAGAAAAGAGCAGGAUGAGAGGAAUGUGAGGAGGAACAAGAUUUGGAACACUGCUGCUGAUAAGCUUCUCAAGGUGGUGGCUCAGUUUGUGGCUGAGAGGGAGGCGCGGGUGCGGAGAGGGGAGGAGGCGGGAGAGGGGGACGAGCGGUGGGAUGGGGAAGAGGGGGUUGAAGGGUUUUUUAAGAAGACGUGGAAGAGGAAGAGGACCGGGCGGCCGCCGAAGAAGAGGGUAGGGGCGGGGAAAGGUGGAGCAACGGCGGGGAGUGGUGGAGCAGCGGCGGCGCAGGGCAUCGGGAAGAAGAGGGGGAGAAAGAAGAAGCAGAGUGGGGGCGCGGAGGGGGGUGCGGGAGGAGGGGGGGAGGGUGGUGGUGGGGAGGGUGGCGGUGGGGAGGGUGGUGGGGAAAGCGGUAGGGAAACUGGACCGGAGAGUGGAAGGGAGAGCGGAAGGGAGAGUGGGAGGGAGAGUGGGAAGGAGGGGGGGAAGAAGAAGCAGCAGCGCAAGCAGUACCAGGGGGUGUUGGUGACGUGGAAGCUUGCCCUCAUCUCCCUCGCCCGGGCCAGGCAGGACCUGCCGCACUCCGCUGUCAAACGGGCCGUUCAAGCCAGUUGCUGCCCGCACACGGUGCUAGCACGGAUGGUAUGUUGCAGCAGGAGGACAAGGUACGGCGUUGACACGAGUCGCACGGUGAUAGCAGACUACAUGGCACGGGAGGACAAGGUGUGGUACGGCGUUGACACGAGUCGCACUGUGAUAGCAGACUACAUGGCCCGGGAGGACAAGGUGCGGUGGCAGGCGCAGGUGAUGCGAGACGCGCACAGGGAGGGGCGUGAAGUGCUGCCCAAGAUGAAACAGUACACCACAAAGUUCAUGCGGCUGGAAAAGGCAGUAGCAGAGGCAGUGAAAAAGUAUACCAAGUUCAUGCGGCUGGAAAAGGCCGUAGCAGACGCAGUGAAAAAGGCCCUGGCGGAUUUGGAUAAGGGGGAGGCUCAGCGCAGUGGGAGGGGCGCAGCAGCUGGACGGGUUGUGCUGGGAGGGGGGGGAGGAGCAGAAGGAGGAGCAGGGGGGAUGCUGGGCGGAGGAGUGAGGAUGGGCUUUCAGGGAGCAGGCGGAGGGGGGGGGGGGGGAGGGGGAGGGGGAGGGGUAGGAGGGGGAGGGGGAGGGGGUGGCGAGGGAGGGGAGGGGCAGCAGCAGCAGGGGGAAGGGGAGGAAAGGGAGGAGGAGGAGGAGGAGGAAGAGGAGGAGGCGGGGUUGCCGCGGCAGAUCAUGAUGCAUCCCGAGUCAGUAGUGGAUUAUGCCAACAAGGUGGCGCCACUCUUUGGCUUCCCCCCCUCCAGGUCGAUCACCUUCGCCUGGGUGGUGGGUCUCAUGCCCCGCUGGGGCUUCAUGAGCCACUGGGCUGUGAAGGCGUCUGUCGAUCACCUUCGCCUGGGUGGUGGGUCUCAUGCCCCGCUGGGGCUUCAUGACCCACUGGGCUGUGCGGGCGGGCGUCUGUCGGGUGGAGAAGUGUUGCAAGGCUCUCGUGCCAUAACCACACUUGACCCCUCUCCACCCCACAGGAGCAUCACCUUCGCCUGGGUGGUGGGUCUCAUGCCCCGCUGGGGCUUCAUGAGCCACUGGGCCGUGCGGGCGUCUGUCAGGAGCAUCACCUUCUCCUGGGUGGCGGGGCUCAUGCACCGGAGCAUCACCUUCGCCUGGGUGGCGGGUCUGAUGCACCGCUGGGGAUUCAUGAACCACUGGGCCGUGCGGGCGUCUGUCAGUGACGAUGGUGGUGGUGCUGCUUUUGGCCUGAGUGUUGGGGCAGGGAGAGAGGGCGGGCUAGGAGAGGGAGAGAGAGCAGCAGCAGACAUGGGAGGACGAACGGGAGAAGCAGGGGCAGCAGCAGCAGGAAGACCUGCACAGGGGGCGGCAGGGGAAGCGGUAGGAGGAGGAGUGGCAGGGGGAGCGGCAGUGGGGGUGGCAGGAGGGAGUGUAGCAGCCUCUCUUCUAAACUCACUCAAUCUAGCCAACUUGCCUGGACCAAUCCCAGCGUACCUUCAAGAUAUUGUUGCUGAGCUGGCAGGAUUCCGGGUCGGCGGAGCCUCGGACACUCUUCCGAACCUGCAGGCCGCCUGGGGGAACCUCGACAAGGCAUCUCCCGAGCCUGUUUCAACAGGUUUCGAAGUUGGUUCGGGAACGGGUUUGGAUAAGGACAGGGGCAGGAAGAGGAAGAGGAGGGAAGGGGAGGGGGGAGAGGAGGGGAGAGGGGAGGAAGAGGGAGCAGAUGGGGGAGAGGGAGGGGAGGGAGAAGGAGGAGGGAGGGAGGAGAGAGAUGCUGCGGUGGCUGCUGUGAUGGCAGCAGGGAAGAUCAAAACGCCGGAGAAGUUUUGGCAGUGGUGGCAGUUCUCGGGGUUAGUGGGGGUGAGAGACAUGCGGGAUGCGUGGGGUGUGCUGGAAGAUGCUUCUGUGGUUGCUGUGGAGGAGGAUGAAGAGGAGGAGGACGAGGAGGAGGUGGAGGAGGUGGAAGUGGAGGAGGGGUAUGAGGAGGAAGAGGAGGAGGAGGGGGAUGAGGUGGAGGAGGAGGUGGAGGAGGAGGAUGCAGAGGUUGAAGAGUGGGGGAAUGGUGGAGGGAGGGGAGGGAGAGCAACGGGAGGAGGGACAACAGGGGGCGAGACAGAGACAGGUGGGGAAACGGAGGGAGAAGCAGCAGAGUGGGGUGAUCAUACGAAAGAGGAGGCGAGGGAGAGAAGGAGGCAGCAGAGGAAAGAGAGGAAGGAAAGGAAGAAGAGGAAGAGGGAGAAGAAGAAGGAGAAGGAGAAGAAAAGGAAGAGGGAGAAGGAGAAGGAGAGGGAGAAAAGGGGAAAGAAGAAGGGAAAGGAGAAGAUGGGUGGAGGUGGAAGGGAAGAUGCACUUGCAGCGUUCACCAACAUGUUGCAGCAGCAGGCACCGGGAGUGGUGCCGAUGCAAUCUGCGUUCCUUCAACCCGGCUUCCCUCAAUCCGCCUACCCCCAUCCUGCCUUCCCCCAGCCUCCUUUCCCCGCACCGCCACCAGCAUCACCAGCAGCAGCUGCUGCUGCUGCUGCUGCCCAAGUGACCACGAUCCAGUUCGGGGCACAGCAGGAAACGCCGUACGGCACGCGGUUUGCCACAGUGACACAGCACACGUACAACAGUGCACCACCCACAGCACACCCGCAGCAGCACACCAACAGCAGUCAGCAACAGCAGCAGGGGCUGAUGGGGGGGCAAACUCCUCCUCUGGGACUGCCCCCUCUCUUGGCACAGUUCCUGUUCCCGUCCUCUCAAGUGCCACCCACCGGUGCUUCUCGUGCUGACCCUGGCUCAGCCCCCUCCGGGUCUGUUGCCUCUCUGCAGGCCCUGGCACGCAACGUCACCCAGUCCUUUGGUCCCGAUUUCGCACUCUCUCUGGGGUCACUGUUGAUGCAGCAUCAACAGCAGCAGCAGCAACCGCAGCAGCAACUGCAGCAGCAACCUCGCCCCACUGCUGCUGCCGCCUCUUCCCUCCCUAACCUCUUGCAGCAGAUCGCCUUAUUAUCGUCACAGGGAAGUGCCCAUUCCACUCAGUCGCAAGUUCCCACUGCUUCUGCUGCUGCUGCUCUUCUACCGGCUCUGCUGCAGCAGAUUGCGUCCGGGGCUACCCAGUCCCAGCAGCCAAUGCAGUUCUCUCGAUCUACUGCUGCUGCUGGUAAUGCUGCUGCUGCUGCUGCUGCUCUGCCUGCUGCUGCUCUGCCGGGCCUACUGCAGCUGAUUGCCUCUCUCGCCAACCAGCCUACUCACUCUGCGCGCAUGCAGCCUCCCCACCCCUCUGCUCCUGCUGCUGCUGCUCAUCCCUCUGCUACUUCUCGCCCCACUGCUGCUGCUGCUGCUGCUGCUGCCCGUCACCCCGCUCCUGCCACCCGCGCUUCACUUCAACGGGUCCCUGCUACAAGGGGGUCUGAUCGACCCUCUGCUCCCCCCCCUCUACUCUGCACCUCCCCCCCUCUCCCCACCUCACCUCCCCCGUCAACUCCCGCCUCCUCGGCACCUCCUCCCUUCUUGUCCACCGCUACCCCUCCCUCGCUUCCCUCCCGCAACUCCCUCCUGAGCUUCCUGCACGGACCCCGAGGCCCUCUCUCAAACUUCUCGUCCAGAAGCUCUCCUGCUGCUGGUGCUCCAUUGGGGCCUACCAGGGCCUAUGAGCAGAAUUAUCGGGAAUCAGGUGGUCAUGGUCCUAUCAGGGUCCUCAGGCGACGCGCCAACUACAACGCCCCUGCUUCUGCUGCUCCCCGCCUACCAGCCAAUCCGCCUUCCACUGAUGCUGAUCGAUACACUUCAACUGCUAACCAAUCCACUCUGCCUGCUGGCCGUUACUCUUUAACUGCUAGCCGGCACAAUCUGCCUGCUGACCCAUACACUCCAAGUGCCAACCGGCUCAAUCGGCCUGCUUCUCUGCUUGCACCAGCAGCAGGAGCACCAGGAGCAAGAGCACCAGGAGCAAGAGCACCAGGAGCAGUAGCAGCAGAAGGGGUGCAUUCCCCGUCGUCCCACAGGUCUGGAGUGAUUCUCGCCCUCCCAGCCGCAUCGACUCGUGCUGCUGCUGCUGCUGCGGCUGUUAGAGCCGCCAUGGCUAGGAGGCAUCGCUCUGCUGCUGUUGCUGCUGCUUCUGCUGCUGCUGCUUCCACUGGUGAAUUCGGUGGUGGUGAUAUUGGUGGUGGUGGUGGUGGUGGUGGUGGUGGUGGUGGUGGUGGUGGUGGUGGUGGUGGUGGUGGUGGUGGUGGUGGUGGUGGUGGUGGUGGUGGUGGUGGUGGUGGUGGUGGUGGUGGUGGUGGUGGUGGUGGUGGUGGUGGUGGUGGUGGUGGUGGUGGUGGUGGUGGUGGUGGUGGUGGUGGUGGUGGUGGUGGUGGUGGUGGUGGUGGUGGUGGUGGUGGUGGUGGUGGUGCUACUGCUCCUGCUGCUGGUGCUACUGCUGAGCCGUCAGCGGUCAGGCAGGUGUCAGGCAGACACCGGGAGGGGAGAUUCGCGACUGGGUAUCAAGGGAGAGUUCUGCUUAGCCAAAGUGUGGGUCACAGCAAGCGGGAACGGCGUAUGAGGGCGCUGCGCAGGGCGAGGAAGAAGGACGUGCAACCGCCGUGGGCCCACAGUAUGAUUGCGCAAAGCAUUGCGGCACAAGCUGCGAUGGCGCAAAGUGCUAUAGCGGAGAGUGCUAUAGCGGAGAGUGCUAUAGCGGAGAGUGCUAAAGCGGAGAUUCCAGUGGGGCAGAGUAUGGAAGGUGAGGAGGGAGAGGAGGAGCAGUCGCUCAGAGAGGGAGGGGAGCAGGCCUUGAGAUGCGUUGAAGAGGAAUUGUCGGAAGCCUCCUGCCUCGCAACCACGGACGCAGAAUAG